AUGAGCCAGCGCUCCACUCCCAAACCUGACCCCCCUGGCCGGGGCAGGCGCAGCUCCCCGAGCCAGGAACAUCUCGGGCGUGGCUGGAGCGCAGGGCUGACCGCUGUCCUUGUCCCCUGCCCGUGUCGCGGUGCUGCAGUGGUGGCCCGGAGCGCUCCUGAGGACACCGUGACCAGCAGCUUCGCCUGGUUCAUCUCGGCAGCACGGCCCGAGCACCUGUCCCAGACCGUGCGGCAGCGCAGCAAGAGGAUGAUCCUGGACAGCCUCGGCGUGGGGCUGGUGGGCAGCACCACGCGCGUCUUCGACAUCGCCCUGCGCUACUGCCGGGAGCUGUACUCCUCUGUGGCUGUGAGCUCUGUCUAUGGAAAGCCAGGAGUGAAGCUCUCCCCGACGCUGGCGGCCUUCACCAACGGCGUGGCGACUCAUUCCAUGGAUUUUGAUGACACCUGGCACCCUGCCACUCACCCCUCGGGGGCUGUCCUGCCAGCUCUCCUGGCAGCUUCCCAGAUGCUCCCUCCGAACACCAAACCCAACGGCCUGGAUUUCCUGCUGGCGUUCAACGUGGGCCUGGAAGUGCAAGGGAGGCUCAUGCACUUCUCCACUGAGGCUCACGACAUUCCCAAAAGGUUCCACCCUCCCUCGGUGGUGGGCACGCUGGGCAGUGCCGCGGCCACGGCCAAGCUGCUGUCCCUCAGCUCGGCCCAGUGCUGCCACGCCCUGGGCAUCGCCGCCUCCCUCGCCGGGGCGCCCAUGGCCAACGCCGCCACCCAGGCCAAGCCUCUGCACGUGGGCAACGCCACCCGCCUGGGCUUGGAGGCCGCUCUGCUGGCAGCUCGAGGCAUGGAGGCCAACCCCUUGAUCCUGGACGACAUCCCCGGCUGCUCGGGGUUCAGCGCCUUCUACAGCGUCUACCAACCCAAGCCGCUGCCCGCGCCCGGCCAGCACCACGAGUUCCUCCUGGAGAAACAGGACGUUGCCUUCAAGCGGUUCCCAGCCCACCUGGGCAUGCACUGGGUGGUGGAUGCUGCCUUGUCCGUCCGGAACCUCUUCAUCAACUACGCGGGGUCCUUCUCCCCCUCUCUGAUCCGCUCCAUUUUGCUGAAGAUCCCGGUGUCCAAGUACAUCAACCGGCCUUUCCCCAGCUCGGAGCACCAGGCCAGGCACUCCUUCCAGUUCAACGCCUGUGCUGCCCUGCUGGACGGCGAGGUGGGCCUGGGCUCCUUCUCUGAGAGCAACAUCCAGCGGCAGGAGCUCAGGGAGCUGCUGGACAAGGUGGUGGUGGAGCAUCCUGAAGACAACGUGGCCAACUUUGACAAGAUGUACGGAGAGGUGGCCCUGCUCCUGCACAGUGGGGACGUCCUGACAGGCAAAUGUGACACUUUCUAUGGGCACUGGAGGAAGCCCCUGAGCAAAGAGUCGCUCCUGAAGAAGUUUCGAUCCAAUGCCUCCCACGUGCUUCCAGAAGAAAAAAUAGAAGCCAUCAUCACUCUGGUGGACAACCUGGAGAACCUGUCCGACAGCUCCCAGCUGGCCUGCAGCCUGUGAGGGGACAGCAUGGGGGCUUGGUGAGGGGCUUGUCCUGGUGAAACUGCGAUUCCUUUCUUCAUUGGUGCUUUCCUGUUGAUUCCCAAGGACAGAGCAGUUCCCAUCCUUUCCAGUAGAUAAUUCCAAAGGAACCCACAAGGCAGGAAUUGUGUUUGGGUUAGCACAUGGAGUAAGCUUCAACUCCUGGCUGAUGCUGGCUGAGGAGCUGAAAGGCCACUACAAGUACAAAAAAAAUCCAUGGAAAUCUCUGAGAAUCCUGGGGCAUUACCCAGUUCUGCAGGAGAAACGGUGCCUAUGCAUUUCUUACAGCUGGAUUCCAAGCUUUUUCUGUGCAGAACUCCUGAAGGCCGAGUCUGGGAAGAGCAGGAAUUUCAGUUCAGAGCCUGUGCCUGGCCACAGAAAAAACCCAUCUUGCAAACAGUCCUAAUGCAGAACUCUCUGGCAGAGAAGGAUCAUUUUCCUUUCCAGUAAAAGCCUCCCAUUUCUCCAGCCCAUGGGCACUGUUUGUCACUUCUCUGUGUACAGAGGAUGGUUUGAGGACCCUUGAGACUUGGAUGUCUUCUCUGAAGGGAGGACAGUUGUUAGGUGAGGAAUCAGUCCUAUACCCUGAGAGUGAUCCCUGCCCAUCCCAGGGCUGUCCCACCCCAUCCCUCCUGGCUUUCCCAGGCUUUCCCAGGCACCUGUUCCGAGCUGGCUCACCAGGUGGACCCUGGGCUUCUCUGGCAGGUGACUUGGGCCCAUACACUCUGACUCCCACUGGGAGAUUCCUGCUUCCCUCCUGUGAGAGGAGGGGAAGCUCACUGAGACUCAGCUCUUAACUCAUCUUUCCAGCUGGGGUGAAAUCUGUGCUCCUGAGCAGCCAUCCCCUGGAAGGCUCCUUCCCCUGCACCCUCCCUGAGUGGUGAGAUGGAGAACUCAACAUUUCUCCACAUGAAAUACUGGGACUGCUGAUCCAAAGAGCUCCUUUCCAAUAUGAUCAUGAUGAAAUUGUGGAAUCUGCUGUGGGAAUUAGUAUCCAAGAGGGAUGAGAUGGGAGCAGACAAGAAGGAAGAUCCUUUUGUCUUGCUGCUCAUGGUUUGUGCAGGGAACAAACCAUCCAGAAGAAAACUGUUUUCCCACCUG